AUGUCGGCCCUUCCUCACCGCUCCUCCACGCUGAACAGCUCCCUAACUCGCCGUACCUCGACGAGUGACGAUGAGGUCAUUCCAGACACGGACAGCAGUGAAACCUCUAAGCUCCUCCUUGAACGCCUCCGCGCGUGGAAACACCUGUGCGGGUAUUUGGAGGAUUAUGUGACCACCACGGCCAAGGUGCAGAGGUCGCAAUCGAAGGACUACGAGAAGAUUUUAAAGGUGGGCUUGAACCUGACCGUCAGCGAACCUCUUAAAGAAGGACACCAUUUCAGUCAAAGUACCGAGGGCGUUGCUGGGUUCUUUGAGAAUGUGCGGGCGAACACGCAGGGAAUGGUGAAUAUGUACCUCGAGACGGAAAAAAACCUCAAAGGCACGGUGCUGCCCAUCCUGGAACGCCUGCACAAGGAGAUCAAGAACAAGGCCAAGGAGCUUUCCUCGGGCGUGCUCAAGGGCUCAAAGGCUGUGGAAAAGGCGCGCGGGCUGACGCAGAAGCAUAUCGAGCUGCUGGCGCAGCAUUCGGCUGCGUUUGACGCCGCAGCGGGGAACCGACUGGAAGUCUCGCACGAUCCGUACCUCCUCCGCCGGGGCAUCAACCACCGACUGAACAAGCAGAUCCUCGAGGAGAACAACAACAACAAGGACGUGGUGGCCGUGCAGGACGCCUUCCAGCAGUUCGAGGCCCACGUGCUGCAGGUCAUCCAGGAGGCGCUGGACCAGUUCUUCCAGCAGAUGGGCGGGCAGCUCGACCACCAGCGCACGAUGUAUGCCGACAUCCUGGCCACCGUGCAGCGCAUCCCCGUCGAGUUCGAGUGGGCCAAUUUCGUCGCGACCAACGAUUCCGUGCUCGUCAACCCGGCCGCCCCUUCGCGCACCUUGGCCAGCAUCACCUUCCCCAACCAGGAUCACCGCGCCACCAAGCCCCUGAUCGAGGGCUCGCUCGAGCGCAAGUCCCGCGCCAUCAUCAAGGGCUACAGCAGCGGCUACUACGUUGUCACCCCGGCCAGAUACCUGCACGAGUUCAAGGACGACGACGACUUCCGCCACGAUCCCUCCCCCGAGCUGUCCCUCUACCUGCCGGACUGUAUCAUCGGCACCGUCGACGGCGUCCGCUUCAACGUCAAGGGGAAAGACGUCUCGGGCGGCAAGGUCGGUAACGCCUUUCACACCUCCACGGAACUCAGCUUCCGCGCUAGUACCCCCAAGACCGCCGAGGCCUGGUGGACCGUCAUCAGGGAUGCCAGCAAGGCUGCGGCCGCCACAUCGCCUUUGUCUCCUGUGUCUCCUGUGUCCCCUAUUUCCGAAUCGAUCCCGCCAACCCCGGUAGCCACUCAACCCCCAGCCUAUCCGGCUGAAAAGGCUGAUCUCUCCACCACCGAGGCUCAGGACCAUGCGCAGGACCAGCCUGUCGAGGCUGGCACUGUCGAGAUUGGCACUGUCGAGACUAAAGAGGCACUGGCGGAGGCGCCGAAAGAGGCCCCGAAACGUAGUGUCAGUACUGCCUCGGGACACUUUCAUACUUCUCCUGGAGGGACUGCGACGAAUACCUAG